AUGGGCUCUGCUCAACUCCAUGGACAGCUUCCCACCUGGGAACGCUUUGCUCCCGGAUCAAUCAAUAUUGCUCCCGCUGUGUUCCCCAAGUCCGCGUUGGCUCCAUCUCCAGACCUGGAUGCGAACAAGACCACUGUUGAUUUGGUCACGGAAUUGAACGAAUCGCUCGCAAAAGCAGACUACCCAUCUGUCUCGAAGCUCUUUGUCGAGCAAGGCUUCUGGAGAGACCACUUGGCCUUGACGUGGGAGUUUCGCACAGCACAGGGACCGCAGGAGGUCCUCAGCCUGCUAGAGACAAGCUCCAAAUCCAGAGAUGGGUUUCGUUUAAAGAACGUUACACUGGACACAGGCUCCGCGCUACGAGCGCCCAGAGUUGGGCCUCUGGAUGGCGAGGGACAAGUCAUUGGAAUAACCUUCUUCUUCAACUUCGACACAGGCAUCGGAUCAGGAAAAGGCGUGGGCAGAAUUAUCAACGACAAUGGAACCUGGAAGUUCUAUUCACUCUACACAGCUCUCCAGGAACUCAAAGACCACGAAGAGCAUGUCAACGAAAGACGGCCCCAUGGAGUCGAGCACGGCAUGAAGCAGGGCCGGCAGAAUUGGGCUCAACGAAGAGAGCAAGAGAAGCUGCAUAAAAACGCCGACCCAGCUGUUGUCAUUAUAGGUGAGGAACCUUUACGCUCUGCCUCAAUGUUUUAUUAUUUUCCCAACCCCGAAUCAAACUUGACUACGCAUAGAUUAUUUACUGACAUUUCCCCAGGCGCUGGACAAUCCGGACUCACGAUAGCGGCCAGAUUGAAAAUGAUGGGAGUCGAAGCCCUGAUUAUCGACGAAAGCGCCCGCGUCGGAGACAGCUGGAGAAAACGCUACCAUCAACUGGUUCUCCAUGAUCCCGUCUGGUAUGACCACAUGCCGUAUCUUCCAUUCCCGGCCCAUUGGCCCAUCUUUACGCCCAAAGACAAGCUGGCAGAGUUUUUCGAAGCCUACGUGAUCUUGCUGGAGCUCAACGUGUGGAACAAGACGUCGAUUGGAGGAGCCAGUUGGGAUGCUACGAAAGGGAGCUGGGAUAUCAAAUUGCUCCGACGUCUAGAGGACGGCUCGGUAGAGACUCACAACUUGCGCCCACGCCACGUUAUUCAAGCGACGGGUCAUUCGGGCUUCAAGUACGUGCCGCAGUUCAAGGGGAUGGAAACUUUCAAGGGCGAUCGCAUCUGCCAUUCAUCAGAAUUCCCAGGUGCCCAAGAAAACAGCAAGGGCAAGAAGGCGGUGGUCGUCGGGUCGUGCAAUUCAGCCCACGACAUUGCUCAGGAUUUCGUCGAAAAGGGCUACGACGUGACAAUGGUCCAGCGCUCAAGCACCUUUGUCACCAAAUCUGAAUCCAUCACCGGCAUCGUUUUGGCUGCCUACUCGGAAAAUGGGCCGCCGGUGGAAGAUGUAGACCUGUUGAUCCAUAGCGCCUCGCUUGCUCUUCUUAAGACGUAUCAGAUAUCCACUGCCAGGAGGCAGGCAGAGAAUGAUCGUGACAUACUCGAAGGGCUCCUACGUGUUGGAUUCAAGGUAGACACCGGGCCAGACGGUGCCGGUCUUUUCUACAAGUACUUUCAGUGGGGGGGAGGCUAUUACAUCGACGUUGGGGCCUCCCAGCUCAUCAUCGAUGGCAAGAUCAAGAUGAAGUCUGGACUGGAGGUUUCCGAGGUGCUACCCCAUGGCCUGCGUUUCGCAGAUGGCAGUGAAUUAGAAGCAGACGAGAUCAUCCUGGCUACAGGUUACGGUAACAUGCGUGAAAAGACUCGAGUGAUGCUUGGAGAUGCUGUUGCGGACAAGGUAAAGGACGUAUGGGGCAUCGGCGCGGGAGGAGAGCUUCGCGGCAUCUGGCAGCAGACUGGACAUCCCGGCUUCUGGGUACACGGAGGAAAUCUCGCGCUAUGCCGCUACUACUCGAGACUUUUGGCUUUGCAGAUCAAGGGAAUCGAGGCAGGCUUGUAUAGGUACGGCGAGAACUAG